AUGUUUUCGGCGAGGGGAUAUUGUACCCAUCCAACAUGUUUUCCUGCUUGGGGGGCUUCACCGGUUCUUAUUUUUCUUUGUAAAGAACAUUGCCGACGAAUGUUGUGUUACAGACAUUGGCUUUCUCAUCAACCAUCUCAAACAACAAUAGAAGACGAUCCACACGACAUCAAUCAUACAUCAUUUAAUUCAGAUCUUGAUGAAAAUGACUGUACAAAUCAGCACGAAUAUCCUAGUUCAACGGAAGAUUUCAAUCAAUCUAUUCAAUCAGAUGAUAAUAAUGAAACAAUCCAUUCGAAUGAUGACAAAGACAUGAUCCAACCGAAAAUAUAUAAAAAAGAAAUCGAAUGGUGGAAUGAAAUAACACCAUGGAAAAAUGGUGAAAGUUUUUAUGCAAAAUUAAAAGAAUCAAGCAUGAAUUCUAUGAAACAGUCGAACACAGACGAAGAUUCAAAUUAUACGAUCAAACAAAAGAGAAAAAAAAAAUUUGAACGAUCGAUAACUUGUCGCUCGUAUUGUGGUCAAUGUCCAUUAAUAUUCGAUGGAGCAUUUGGUUUAAUUCAAGCUUAUCAUCAACAUCAGCUUUGUUUACCAUCGAGACAUUUAAAUAAAAAAAUUUGUCUCUAUCAACAUUUUCAUUCAAAACAUGGAUUUACAAAUGAAGUCGCAAUGCGUCUUGUACGAGCAAUUAUUCAUCAACAAGAUCCACAUAAAAGUAAACUAUUUUCAUCUAAUAGUGAUACACCAUUAACACUUCACGAUCCAUUUCAUAAAGUGAAAUGUCCACUUGCAAAUAGACAUGAUAUUAUAAAUACGCCAUGUUUAAUACAGGAAAUUACUCGAAAAAGUAUUCGCCGGCAUCUAUGUGGUGUACAUCGAUUAGAUCAACAAACAAUUAAUAAACUUAUUAAAGAAAUGUUUAAAUAG